ACUGUGCGCAUCACUGUAUUACCUCCACGUAAUUAAAGAUGUCGGCAGUCGCCCCUCCAGAUCCCUCUCAGACUGCGUCAACAGCUCCCAAGAAGAAGAACAACAAGAAGAAGAAGAGCGCAAAGGGGAAGGGCAAUGGCGAUACUGUCACAGCCCAGGAAGUGCUGGAUUCACCCGUAGAAAACAAAGAAGGUGGACACGAUGGGGAGGAUUCAGAAUCUGUUGUGAGCACUCCAAAGGACGCUCAUUUUCCAGAGACAACGAAAUCACAGGCGAACGGACACAAUUACGACGAGACGACAAAUGGUGAUGCUAUCGAGCCAAGUUCGCGACAUUCCACAACUAAUCAAUUGAGAGAGCAAGAUACGGACAGAUCAGAUGAUAGUGUAGAAAACAAAGCCCCAGGAACUGUCGAUGCCAGUAGUCGUUUUGAGGCAAUGUCGCAAGAGCGGGAAGCACUUCGGGCAGAGGUCGAGCAAUUACGAAAAUCUCUGGAAGACAUCCAGGGAAGACACAAUGACGAAAUCUCCACAAUCAAGAAUCAGCAUUCACAAGAAUUGGCAACGAUCCAAGAAAAUCACAUGAAAGAAGUUGCGACCGUCAAGAGCCAACAUGAAGAAGAGAUAUCAACAGUCCGGGCAGAGCUAGAAGAAAGUCAGUCUGCGACUGAACAAGCCGAGACACAAUACCAGCAUCUCCUGGACCGUGUAAACACUAUCAAAGCGAGCUUAGGUGAACGCUUAAAAGCGGACAAAGAAGAACUAUCGGAGACCAAGGAUCGGAUUGAUGAACUCGAGACUCUGAAUGAAGCCCUUCAAAAACAAAUACAAGGCCUAGAGGAAGAAGUUAAGCAAUCAAAAGAAGAAUUAAACGAGUCUUCCAAGGAAUUAUCAAGUCUUCGGAAUCGGUACAAUCUCUCCCAACAAAACUGGGUUCAUGAGCGGGAUGACUUGCUUCAACAGGCUAGGCAGUUCAGGGAUGAAGCUGAUGCGGCUAGGGAUGCCAUGGGAGACUGGGAGGUAUUGGCCAUGGAAGAGAAGAGGAUGCGAGAGGGCUUGGUGGAGAAGAUAGCCGAUCUGGAAGAACAGUUCUCUUCCCAGAAGGAAGCCUACGAAGCUGCAGUAGCUGAGAGGGAUACUCAAUCACAAGCAUUAGGUGGUCUCCAGAGGGCCCUGCAGGAAGUGCAAGAAGCACGGAAACGGGAGCUUCGAGAGAUGGUGGAGACUUACGAAGAGCAGCUUCAAUCUCUGAAGAAGUUGGUUCAGGAGUCAGAUACUCGGGCAGCUGAAGCGGAUGCUUCUAAGGGAGCUUUGCAAACGGAACUUGAUCGUCUAGCACCGUUCGAGAGGGAGGUGAGAGAGAAGAAUCUCUUGAUUGGGAAAUUAAGACAUGAAGCCAUUGUUCUAAACGACCACCUGACCAAGGCCCUGAGAUUUCUCAAGAAGGCCAAGCCAGAAGAUAACGUUGACAGGCAAAUUGUCACGAACCAUUUCCUACACUUCUUAGCUCUCGACCGUUCUGAUCCCAAAAAAUUCCAGGUCCUACAGUUAAUAGCAGCGCUUCUUAACUGGACAGACGAGCAGAAAGAGCAAGCAGGUCUCGCAAGACCAGGUACAUCAAACAAUAGUUUACGAUUACCCACCUCACCAUUUCUCCGUGCUCCAAGCACGCCAACACUGUCAAGUGACUUCUUUACCGAGCCAUCAUCCAACAACAAGGAGACGUUGGCGGAUCUCUGGUCCGGAUUUCUUGAGCGGAGUGCCGAGGAAAGCUCCGUCUCUGGUAGUAGGAGUGGCAGCGUGAGCAGCUCAGCCCCGAGAUCAGAUACUCGAGGCGGUGAAGGGAACUCUAAGGAAUGAAGCCUCGUUUGUGCGUCUAGAUGAUUGAUUAUUUGCAUCCGUGUAUUGUAAGAACAUUGCGAACGGCGUUUUGAGAUAUUAGGGAGCGACUGGCUGCGGCCUCGCAAGCAAAGCAGAUUAAUGACACUUUUUCAACGAUGGGCCGCCCUUCUUGGCCAUCAGGAUUAUCUUAUCCUUCCUUAUUCAAACUAAUAUGUGUCACUGUCGGUGUCUCUCAAAUAUCUGACUUCUAUAGGUAGUGGAGUUUGUAGAUACAGUAAUGUAAACAUGGCAU